AUGAGCCAAAAACAAGGUCGACGGAGGCGGUCCAGCAGUUUGAUCUACCAGGAGCCAGCUGAAUCUAUUGAGCGCUCAAGUGAUCAGUCCGCACUGCCGAAUUUGAAUGCAAACUGGGUCAAUGCUAAGGGUGCCUGGACUAUUCACUUUGUCUGUAUUGCCGUCCUCAAGAUCUUCUACGACAUCAUCCCGGGCGUCUCGCAGGAAACCUCAUGGACCCUCACCAACAUCAGCUACAUGUUCGGAUCCUUCCUCAUGUUCCACUGGGUGCGGGGCAUUCCCUUCGAGUUCAACGCUGGUGCCUACGACAAUCUCAACAUGUGGGAGCAAAUCGACAAUGGCGACCAGUACACGCCCGCUAAGAAGUUCCUGCUCUGCGUUCCUAUCGUGCUCUUCCUCCUCAGCACUCACUACACCCACUUCGACCUGACUCAUUUCACUAUCAACUUCAUGGCCACAUUGGGGGUGGUUAUCCCCAAGCUACCUUUCUCGCAUCGGUUGCGAAUAGGUCUCUUCUCCGAUAUACCCGAGGAGUCAUAA